AGAUAAGAUUAACUGCAACUCCCAUUCAGAAUCCUCCCAAAAAAAAAACAAUCGCAAUGGCAGAGGAGAAGCAAACUCCAGUUUCCACCAUGGCUGAAAACUCCGAAGAAAUCCCCAUAACCACCGCAAAAACUGUCAAAAAAAGUAAAAAACUAAGCCUGAUUCCUCUCAUCUUCCUCAUCUACUUUGAAGUUGCUGGUGGCCCUUAUGGUGAAGAACCAGCCGUUCAAUCUGCUGGCCCACUUUUUGCCAUUCUUGGUUUUCUCAUUUUCCCUUUUAUUUGGAGUGUACCUGAAGCUUUAAUUACUGCUGAAUUAUCAACUACUUUCCCUGGUAAUGGCGGUUUUGUUACAUGGGCUUACACAGCUUUUGGCCCCUUUUGGGGUUCAUUAAUGGGUACAUGGAAAUUUCUCAGCGGUGUUAUCAACAUUGCAUCUUUUCCUGUUUUGUGUAUUAGUUAUAUGGAUAAGCUUUUCCCAAUUUUCAGUUCUGGCGUUCCAAGAUAUAUGGCGAUUUUGGUAUCUACAUUGUUGUUAUCGUUUUUGAAUUAUACUGGAUUAGCUAUUGUGGGUUAUGUUGCUGUUGUUCUUGGUAUUGUAUCACUUGCACCAUUCAUUAUAAUGUCUUUGAUUGCGAUUCCGAAGAUUCAGCCUCAUAGAUGGAUUAGUUUAGGUCAAAAAGGGGUGAAGAAGGAUUGGAAUAUGUUCUUCAAUUCAUUGUUUUGGAAUUUGAAUUUUUGGGAUAAUGUGAGUACUUUGGUUAGUGAAGUUGAAAACCCGAAGAGAACUUUUCCUAAAGCACUUUUUUCAUCAGUAAUCUUAACUUGUUUUGGUUAUUUAAUCCCACUAAUGGCUGUUACUGGAGCAGUAUCAGUUGAUCAAAGGGAAUGGGAAACAGGUUUUAUGGUGAACGCGGCAGAUAUGAUUUCUGGUAAAUGGUUGAAAUUUUGGAUUGAAAUUGGAGCUAUAUUAUCAUCAAUUGGUUUAUUUGAAGCUCAGUUAAGUACUUGUGCUUUUCAGCUUUUAGGUAUGGCUGAAUUAGCAUUUUUGCCUAAAUUCUUUGCAUUAAGGUCAAAAUGGUUUAACACACCAUGGGUUGGGAUAUUAUUAUCAACAGUAAUUUCAUUAAGUAUGUCUUAUAUGAACUUUACUGAUAUAAUAUCUUCAGCUAAUUUCUUGUAUAGUUUAGGUAUGUUUUUGGAAUUAGCAUCUUUUCUUUGGUUGAGAAGGAAGUAUCCAUUGAUUAAUAGACCAUAUAAAGUGCCAAUGAAGAUGCCAGGAUUGGUUGUUAUGUGCUUGAUUCCUAGUGUAUUUUUGGUGUUUAUAAUGGCUAUUGCAACUAAGGUUGUGUUUCUUAUAAGUGGAUUGAUGACUGUUGGAGGAAUUGGAUGGUACUUUUUCAUGAAGUUGUGUAAAACCAAGAAGUGGCUCAAGUUCUAUGAUGAUAUGGAAGAGAUGACUAUAACAUAGAGACAGAUUCAAAAUUUAUUAUUUUCAUGUUCUAUAGAUAUAGAAGUAAUUAGAAGAUUAUUAUUGCAAGGAAGUUAUCCAGAAAGAACUUUCUUAUGGUUAUAUACAUCUAUCAGAAGAUCAAUUACAUGUUCUUUAUU